GGCUGAGAAAAGAAUAGCAGAGAGGGCAUCACGGAGAGAAGCAUUCACUGGCCAUGCCAGUGCUUGCAACUAAUGCUGAGUCAGAAACAGGUAUCCCAAAAUCCUUUUCUAAUGAGCUUCCUUCAGAAACCAUGGAGGAGAUAGAGCACACAUGCCCUCAGCCUCGAUUGACUUUGUCUGCACCUGCUCCAUUUGCAGGUGAAACAAGCUGUCAGUGCAGAGCUCCUCAUGAAAAGCUCACAGUGGCUCAGGCCCGCCUUGGAACUCCAGUGGACAGACCUGUCAGAGUCUAUGCAGAUGGAAUAUUUGAUCUCUUCCAUUCUGGUCAUGCUAGAGCUCUUAUGCAAGCCAAAAAUCUGUUUCCCAACAGCUACUUGUUGGUAGGAGUUUGCAGUGAUGAUCUAACCCACAAGUUUAAAGGCUUCACUGUUAUGAAUGAAGCAGAGAGAUAUGAGGCCCUCAGACAUUGCCGCUACGUAGAUGAAGUCAUCAGAGAUGCUCCAUGGACACUCACACCAGAAUUCCUAGAAAAGCACAAGAUUGAUUUUGUAGCCCAUGAUGACAUUCCAUAUUCCUCUGCUGGUUCAGAUGAUGUUUACAAGCAUAUAAAGGAGGCAGGAAUGUUUGUGCCAACUCAGAGAACUGAAGGCAUCUCAACUUCAGAUAUUAUAACUAGAAUUGUACGUGAUUAUGAUGUUUAUGCCCGUCGCAACCUGCAGAGAGGAUAUACUGCUAAAGAGCUGAAUGUCAGCUUUAUAAAUGAGAAGAAAUAUCGUUUUCAAAAUCAAGUAGACAAAAUGAAGGAAAAAGUGAAAAAUGUGGAAGAAAAAUCUAAAGAAUUUGUGAAUCGUGUAGAAGAAAAGAGUCAUGAUCUUAUUCAGAAAUGGGAAGAGAAAUCUAGAGAGUUUAUUGGCAACUUCCUAGAGCUAUUUGGGCCAGACGGAGCUUGGAAGCAGAUGUUUCAAGAGCGGAGUGGGCGCAUGCUUCAAGCCCUGUCUCCCAGGCAGAGCCCCACAAGCAGUCCAACACGAGGACGUUCCCCAUCACGAUCUCCAUCUCCGCCCUCCCCCUGGCUUUUCAGAAAGGCUUCCCAGGCUUCCCCCCCUUCCUCUCCAAAAGCUGCCUCAGCAUCUAUCAGCAGCAUGAGCGAAGGAGAUGAAGAUGAGAAGUAGAAAGAGGAGUAGCAGUACUGAGAAAAAGAAAGAGCUACAUAGAUGGCCCACUACUUCGCAAGUGAAGUGGAAAGGAAAAGAAAAAAGAUGCAUGAGAUGUUUCUGGAAAGGAAAUGGGUACCACAGUGAUACUGGAGCACAGAAGAUUUUGGCUAUAGCAUAACUUGCUGAAUGGUGGGGUAGCCAGACCAGCAGCACACAAUGACAAGAUAUGCAAAAAUACGACACACUUCCCAAUGAUUAUAAACGCUUUAUUGUGCUGUUGCAGUGGUUGCUGCUCAAGUCACUGAAGUGUUAUGAGGAAUCCUUGCAUAUAAGGAGAUCCUUGCACUUUUUCAUAGGAGCCAGUUAGGUUUAAGGUAUGAAGUGGCAUUCCCUUUGGCUGGACAAGAUGCAUCUACAUCUGAGCUCCAUUGCAUAUCUGCCAAAAGGCUGGACUUCACUAGAACAAACAUGAAGCACUGUCUAGAAACAGCGUAAGCAACAGCAAACAAUAAACCCCAGAAACAAACCACACCAAACCUGAACCUCUCUAUCGCAAUGGACUUAUUUUGGAUCUAUUAAGUUUACUGGAUGUUGCUUGUUGAACAGGCUUUUGUACAUACAGGGCAAAUUUAUUUUAAUGUGAAUACAAUUCAUUUGGUCAACUGUUAUUAUGUUCUACCAGUGCCUCUAAAGCCAAAACGUCUUCUUUUUUUGGUCAGUUUUUACUCAGACAUUGCUAUAGAAGCCGUGCAUUUCAAAUAAAUUUCACACCAGGGGAAAUUUAUUAAAUAAUCCACAGACCAAUGCCCCACCUAGCUCCCAUGUAAUGUUUUG